AACUCCUCGUCGUUGAGGGUUUAGCUUUUCAUCUCUGUUGUGUUUAGGCUCAUAAAGUUCUUGAUCAUCCAUUAAACCUGUUUUAGCAAUUUAAGUACAUGUUUUAGGAGGGAUUUGGGAUUGUUUUGCAAUCCUUCCAGAUUGUUGUACACCUGAAAGUUCGCACAACUUUGUGAGCUAAAGACUGGGACUUUAUUUUUCUGCGAAUGAAUUCCUGUGGCAUCUGAUGCUCUAGGACCAUAAAGCUCAUUAAAGCUUGCAACUUUACUGCCUUCCUACCAUACUAAACUGCCCGGUGGAAUAAAUCCUGAAACUGUUUUUCUUUUCCUGCUUGUUUGCUAUUGAUCAUCUUGGACAAAGAAGAGGAAGGGCCUGCUAUGGAGGUGGCAGACAUGAAGCCAGAGGCGAUGAGCCAUCCUCCCAUGGAUCAGCUGCUGGGUAUGGAGUACUGCAUAGACUCCAACCCAUCCUGGGGAGAGACUGUUGUGCUGGGUUUCCAGCAUUUCAUCCUUUGCCUGGGGACAGCAGUGAUGAUCCCCACCUUGCUGGUUCCCCUCAUGGGAGGAAAUGCCCAUGACAAGGCAAAGGUGGUACAAACAAUGCUGCUUGUCACUGGGAUAAAUACAAUGCUCCAAACUCUGUUUGGAACUCGGCUGCCCACCGUCAUCGGUGGGUCAUAUGCAUUCGUAAUCCCGGUCAUAUCAAUAAUCAGUGACCCCUCACUGAUGCAAAUAGCUGACGACCAUAUAAGGUUCAAGAUGACUAUGAGAGCCAUACAGGGGGCCUUGAUAAUAUCCUCCUGCAUUCAAAUAAUACUUGGCUACAGCCAGUUGUGGGGGCUAUGCUCAAGGUUCUUCAGCCCACUUGGGAUGGUUCCAGUGGUUGCACUGGCGGGGCUCGGCCUUUUCGAUAGAGGAUUUCCAGUGAUUGGGAGGUGCGUGGAGAUUGGCCUUCCCAUGCUCGUCCUGUUUGUGGCGCUCUCCCAAUAUCUGAAGCACGUACAAGUGCGUCAUUUUCCGAUAUUGGAGAGGUUCUCAGUGCUCAUCUCCAUCGCACUUGUCUGGGUAUAUGCCCACAUCCUCACUGCGAGCGGGGCAUACAGGCAUAGCUCACUGCUCACCAAGAUCAACUGCCGCACUGACCGUGCCAAUCUCAUCACCACUGCGCGAUGGUUUCGUGUUCCAUACCCACUGCAAUGGGGCGCGCCGACUUUCAGCGCAGAUCAUUCGUUCGGCAUGAUGGCUGCUGUUUUGGUGUCCUUGAUAGAGUCCACCGGAGCGUUCAAGGCUGCUGCCCGGUUGGCAAGUGCGACACCACCGCCACCAUCUGUUCUGAGCAGAGGCAUUGGAUGGCAGGGAAUUGGCCUGCUAUUCAAUGGCCUAUUUGGUACUGUGAGCGGCUCAACUGUCUCUGUGGAGAACGUCGGUCUUCUUGGAUCAACCAGGAUUGGUAGCAGAAGAGUGACCCAGAUCUCCGCUGGUUUCAUGAUCUUCUUCUCCGUCCUAGGGAAAUUCGGAGCACUGUUCGCCUCGAUUCCAUUCACAAUAUUCGCCGCCAUAUACUGCGUCCUGUUUGGCUAUGUUGGUGCUGUGGGGCUCUCCUUUCUGCAGUUCACCAACAUGAACUCGAUUCGCAACCUCUUCAUCGUCGGCGUAUCGCUCUUCCUUGGCAUCUCCAUCCCGGAGUACUUCUUCCGGUUUACGAUGGCCGCUCAGCAGGGCCCGGCACACACUAGAGCCGGAUGGUUCAAUGACCUCAUCAACACCAUCUUCUCCUCGCCGCCGACGGUCGGGUUCAUCGUCUCGGUGGUCCUGGACAACACGCUCGAGGUGAGGAACGCUCUGAAGGACCGCGGGAUGCCGUGGUGGGCGAGGUUCAGGACGUUCCGCGGGGACAGCCGGAACGAGGAGUUCUACAACCUGCCGCUCAACCUCAACCGCCUCUUCCCGCCAUCUUAAGACGGAUGGCUGGAUCAACAGUUGAGUAGGAUUCUAGUUGGAAAUGAAGCCAACCGAUGAGUGAAUCUAGCCACCGAUAUCAUUUUAGCUAUGGUUUGGCUUCCAUAGAAAUUAGAGAAGAGUAGGAGUAGAAGUAGAAGAGGAAGAAAGAGAUGCGGCAAGAGAGAAAGGGUUUGUUGGUUGUACAUGCUUGAGUUGGUGGUUGGUGAUGAGCAAUGAGAAUCAAUUAAUCAUUUUGAGUUCA